AUGGCAAUCAUUCAUCUAAAGUUUGAACGAAUAUUUUAUAUUCUCCGAAUAUUUGGAACCUUUACAAAUACAUGGCCGGCACGUCCGGAUAUUGAAAGAAAUGAAGUCCUUCUUCGCGAUCUUUAUUAUUAUUUUGCGAUUUUUAUAUUAAUGACAGUGUGGAUACCAAUGAUAAUAAAGACAUACAUAUGUCGAAAUGAUAUCGGAAUAUUAAUGAAGAACUUGUCUCAUAUAGCAGCCUUAACAGAAGCUAUUUUCAAUUCAAUUUUAUGUAGAAUUAAAAGAAAACAACUGCAGAGUCUGUUGAUGAACAUCGAAAAAUUUGUGGAAGUCUCCGAGGAUUGUGAAAAAGUUAUUCUACAGAAAUAUGCAGAUCGUUAUGCAAUGUUUAUCUCAGCUGUUGCGAUAUCCUUUAUCGUAGCAGGAGUCACUGUCGUUUGCGCUCCGUUAUUUUUACCUCUAGAUUUUCCCACGGAUGUAUGGUAUCCGUUUUCGACAGAACCACUAUUAAGAAAAUUUAUUCUUUAUAUUAUGCAAAUAUUUAUAAUUGCACAAACUGUCUUCUGCCUUGGUGUAGAUAUCAUGAUUGCUGUUAUUUUAUUCUAUUCUACAGCUAAACUGGAGAUAUUGGCUUUCGAAGUGGAGCAAGCUACUAAUGAGAUUCAUAUCGUUUCAUGCAUCAAAAAACAUCAAGAAAUAAUAAAGUGA